CGCGGCGUCGCCCGCCCGGCGCUAAGGUGGCGGCGCGGUCACGUGAGCGCCCCGCCCGCGGCAUGGCGGCGCCGUGAGCUUGGGAUGCGGCGGCCGGCGGGCUGAGCGGCCGGGGAUGCGCGGCCAUGUCGCGGGUGAGCGGCGCCGGGCCGGCCGGCAGCGCCAAGGAGAAGCGCUCCUUCAGCAAGCGGCUGUUCCGCGGGCGGGCGGCGGCGGGCGGCGGUGGAGGCGCGGCCCCGGCCCCGGCGCCGUCCGGGCGGUCGCUCGGCGGGUUCAUGAGCCGCGUGUUGAAGACGCUCUCCACGCUCUCGCACUACAGCAGCGAGCCCGAGCCCCGCGGGCCGCUCGCCCCGCGCCUGCCCCCGCCGCCGCCGGGCGGCCCCGUCCCGCCGCGCAGCCCCGAGCCGCCGCCUCGCCCCGAGCCCGUGCCCGGCGUGGCGGGGCUGCGCAACCACGGCAACACCUGCUUCAUGAACGCCAUCCUGCAGUGCCUCAGCAACACCGAGCUCUUCGCCGAGUUCCUGGCGCUGGAGCAGUUCCGCGGCGGGCCCGUGCCCCCCGCCGCCCCCGGCGAGGUGACGGAGCAGCUGGCGCAGCUCGUGCGGGCGCUCUGGACGCUGGAGUACACCCCGCAGCACAGCCGCGACUUCAAGAACAUCGUGUCCAAGAACGCCAUGCAGUACCGUGGGAACGCCCAGCACGAUGCGCAGGAGUUCCUGCUCUGGCUCCUGGACAGAGUCCACGAAGAUCUGAACAACGUAGUGAAUUCUGGUGGUGUGCCCCCGCUCAAGCCGCCGCUGGAGGAUGAUGUGCUGCUUGAGGGACCAGCCUUUCCAAUCAGCAGUACUUUUGUGCAGGAACUCUUUCAAGCCCAGUACAGGUCGUCUCUGACGUGCCCGCAUUGCCAGAAGCAGAGCAACACCUUCGACCCCUUUCUCUGCAUCUCCCUGCCAAUUCCCCUGCCUCACACACGGCCGCUCUACGUCACCGUGGUGUACCAGGGCAAGUGCUCGCACUGCAUGCGGAUCGGCGUGGCGGUGCCCAUCUCCGGAACGGUGGCCAGGCUGCGAGAGGCUGUAUCUGCAGAAACCAAGAUACCCACAGAGCAGAUCGUGCUGACGGAGAUGUACUACGAUGGGUUCCAUCGCUCCUUCGGUGAUACUGAUGACCUGGACACCAUUCAUGAAAGCGACUGCAUUUUUGCCUUUGAGACCCCAGAGAUAUUUCGGCCCGAGGGUAUCCUUAGUCAAAGAGGAAUACACGUGAACAAUAACCUGAAUAACUUGAAAUGUGGCACUGAACACUCCCGAACAAUACCUUACUCUCAAGGAACAGGGAAAUCUGGAAAACUGGAGCACUCCUCUACUAAAGCAGCAGCAAAUGACAAGAUUGUCUUGCUGGUGUGUAACCGAGCAUGCACUGGACAGCAGAGCAAAAGGUUUGGCUUGCCCUUCGUGUUACAUUUGGAAAAAACGAUUGCUUGGGAUAUUCUGCAGAAGGAGAUUCUGGAGAAGAUGCAGUAUUUCCUGCGUCCUGCAGCCUGCAUGCAGGUUUGCCCAUUCAGCUUGCGUGUGGUCAGUGUCGUAGGCAUCACGUACUUGCUACCUCAGGAGGAGCGGCCCCUCUGCCAUCCGACAGUGGAAAGGGCACUGAAGUCGUGUGGACAGGGGGGAAUGGCUCAUGUGAAGUUAGUGGUAGAGUGGGACAAAGAAACUAAAGAUUACUUGUUUAUGAAUACAGAAGAGGAGUAUAUUCCAGACUCUGAAAGCGUCCGCCAGCAGAGAGAGCUUCAUCAUCAACCUCAGACCUGCACUUUAUCUCAAUGUUUCCAACUGUACACCAAAGAGGAACAGCUUGCCCCAGAUGACGCGUGGCGAUGCCCACACUGCAAGCAGCUGCAGCAGGGUAGCAUCACACUGAGCCUCUGGACCUUACCCGAUAUUCUCAUCAUACAUCUCAAAAGGUUUAGACAGGAAGGAGACCGAAGGAUGAAGCUUCAGAACAUGGUUAAAUUCCCACUGAGUGGCUUGGACAUGACUCCUCAUGUUGUAAAGCGCAGUCAGAGCAGCUGGAGCCUGCCAUCUCACUGGUCUCCUUGGAGGCGACCUUAUGGUCUCGGAAGGGAUCCUGAGGACUACAUCUAUGACCUGUACGCUGUCUGCAAUCAUCAUGGCACCAUGCAAGGGGGGCACUACACAGCAUAUUGCAAGAACUCGGUUGAUGGCCAGUGGUACUGCUUCGAUGACAGUGAAGUCCAGCAGCUUUCUGAAAACGAAGUCUGCAAGCAGACAGCUUAUAUUCUGUUCUACCAGAGACGCACAGCAAUCCCAUCAUGGUCUGCUAACAGCUCUGUGGCAGGGUCCACAAGCUCCUCACUCUGCGAGCACUGGGUCAGCCGUCUUCCUGGUAGCAAGCAGCCCAGCAUUGCUUCGGCAGCAUCGUCGCGGCGCACAUCUCUGGCUUCCCUCUCGGAAUCGGUAGAGCUGACUGGGGAGAGGAGUGAAGAUGAUGGAGGAUUUUCAACUCGUCCCUUUGUAAGGAGUGUCCAGCGUCAGAGCCUGUCAUCCAGAUCUUCUGUCACCAGCCCCCUGGCAGUGAGUGAAAAUGGUGUCAGGCCCUCAUGGUCACUCUCUGCAAAACUGCAGUGGCGCUCCAACUCUCCAUCCCGCUUCUCUGGAGAUUCCCCUGUACAUACCUCUUCUUCCACACUGGAGAAGAUCGGGGAGGCUGCUGAUGAUAAAGUGUCCAUCUCUUGCUUCGGCAGCCUGAGGAAUCUCUCUAGCAGCUACUUGGAGCCUUGUGACGGCAGUCGGCGGGAGCACAGGACGCCUCGCAGGGCCCCCCUGGCUGUCAUGGAAGGGGCAUUCAGGGAAGAGUCUGUCAUAAGGACAUCUAGCUCAGAUCUUUCUGAUGGGUGUGGUAAAAGCUCUGUACAGCUGGACAGGAACCAUCCUGCUUUGGACCCUUUUGAUAACAACAAUCAAAUCGCCUUUGUUGAUCAGAGUGACUCUGUGGACAGCUCUCCAGUCAAGGAGGUGAAAGCCCCUAGCGGGAUGGGGCUGGCUGCAGAGAAAGCAGGCGGCACCCCUAAGAAGGUUCACAGCUCCAAGGGAGUUUCUGAGCCAGAUAAAAGUUUGAGGAAGGGAAGGACAGUCUUAUCUACCCAAGAGACCAAAGUCUCUCACUCUUCUCCUCCGCUAAGGAGUUCCCAGAAAGUUUCCCGGUCUAGAAGUAAGGCGGACUCCUCUAGGGCCAGUGGGCGACAUGCAUCUCCUGCUCCCUCUCAGGCUAGGAAGGACCAUAGCGCAAAGGCCCUUGAGGUGGCUGUCCCAUCGGCUCAACAGAAGCAAAAGUCAGGUUCUCCAUCCUCCGUUGCUGCCAAGAAAACCCCUUCAGGCUCAUUGACUAAGGGUUCUUCUGCUGGGAGGAGCCGGACUUCAGACCGAAGCCUCAGUAGGGAGGGUUCUAAGAUAAGUCUGGGGUCAGAUAAAACGAGUGUUACCAGCAGUUCGAGAACGAGCUCCCCACGGAUAAGCCACUCUAGGAGUGACAGCAGGGCAGUAGACAGUAAGCAUGUGCGGAGCUCCUCGAUGGCCAACCUGCGGUCUCCAAAUGUUGGUGUGCGCUCUGGUUUGAAGAGGGACAGCAAGUCAGAAGAGAAAGGAUUGUCUUUCUUUAAAUCAGCCUUAAGGCAGAAGGAGACCCGGAGGUCAGCAGACCUGGGAAAGACAACAAUGCUCUCCAAAAAGGCAGCAAGUGGCAGUUCCAAGUCUGGCAGUAAGAACGUACCAGAAGACAAAUCGGAGAAAGGUGUUGUCCCACCAGCCUCUCAAAUCCAUGCCAAUGUUACUGCAAAAGAAAAACAUGUCCCAAAAGAUGCCACACCCAACAAACAUUCUCUACUAUCCAGUCGCAAGUCCAAGUCUUCCCAGAUAGAUCCCGGAGUCCAGUCUCCUCCUCCCAGUGGCAAGCUGCCUGCUGACAAGCCGCUGAAGAAGGUACCUUCCAGCAUGCAGGUGUCUGUACGGCCUUCUUUGGAACCCGAGUGAAAUGCUGCAAUCCAGGUGUCUUUUCUGCUGAGAAGCUAAUUUAUUCUGAGCUCUUGUUUUGUUUUUGUUCAUGUGCCUAAUGUCUGUUUUGAGGAGAAGUUAACUGCAAGUUGUCAAAGCGCCUUUUGAUUCUGCCAUCAAACCAAAUAGCCACAGGCAGCCAGCACUGAUGUGAGUAGCGUAGCUGGAGUCGAGCGAGAAUGCAGCUGUCUCAGAGCACUUGGACAGGAGUCUCUUCAUAGAAAAUGCAACAACCUUCAGAUGCGAGGUUUGAAAUCUGAACCCCAGUUGUACUGACACGAGUGUGCUUUGUUAGAGCUGUGAACUGAUAUUCCUUUGGUCUUGUUCUGAGCAGGCUGUGUCCAUGCUGGUGUAUGGCCUUGCUCUGAGCUGUGGAGGACACGAAGGAAAGCAGAGAGACUGACGCUUCUUUAUGUUCUCUCUCAACCCUCUCUCCCUGCUCCACUCCAUUUUCAAGCUUUCUAAAGGGCAAUAUUUUAACACUAAUGUUGUUUCUCAGGUAUAUGCUCAGCCAGUAUAGGAGGGACUAGCAUUAGUGGGUGGAGAGAAAGGUACCUGUGUGUCUGUGUGUGCACGUGUCUGUAAUAGAUCUCAUUUUUGCAUUCCAACAGCAGAGAGUUUGAGUUUUUUCAUUAAAUGUAACCUGCAUUUUUUGUUUCUCUGUCUUAUGAAGAGUUCUACUCUGUGCAUACCUAAGGUGACCUCUACCCUGUCCUCUCUAAUUACUUUCUUGCUUCUGAAACACUAUGCUAAGCGACAGGAGAACUUGUUGAGCAGCAGCUGGUUGCCAGCUUGUACCUGUGGAGCGCACCAGGCAGGAGAUGGUUGCAGGGCUGUAGGAGAGCUGUCUUCAUGCCUGGAAUGGCAGCGAUGCUGUUAGAACGCAUGUUCAAACGCCUGAGAAGCAGCACUUCCUCAUGUGCUCAGGUGCUUAAUCGUAGUGAUGUGAAUAGAACAUCGUUAUCUAUAGGAGUAAUGUUUAGAUAAGCCAAGUGUCUUCUUGUCUCCUCUGCCUUCUUGGAGCAUGCUUUGACCAAGCCCCUUUGUGCGGUUGGAGGGGUUGUAUCACAAUAUCGUGGAGCAGUUUUCACCUUCUCCAGAGCGCUCUGCAUUCCUUCCUUGGGCGCGUUGCUUGCCUUCCCCGGCAGGUUUGGCCUCACUUGUCUGAGCGCAGCGAUCCCCACUCUUGUUGGGGCUCUAUCAGGGUUAAAACACUACAGCUAGUUACGUCGUUGUUUACAUGCCCUUCUUACAGGGGAGGUUCCUCGAGUUCUUGGAGAUUCCUCUUAAAAGGUGGAUUCCUCAAGUCCUUUUGUAUACAUGUGGUGGAAUCUUUCUUUUUUAAUUUAAUGUAUUUUUAUCAAUGUGCUGCUUACCCUUUCUGUAUGGCAGCAGUCUGGUGUGUGGGUCCUGAUGCGUUGUGUGUUGAGUGUGCUUAUCUUCUGAAUGAGGUCUUUGCCCAUCCCACGGCUGUGUUUGGCAAAACUCCUCCAGGCUUAGCUUAUGGGCAGACCUCUUUGUAACAUCCUUCUAGUUGCGGUAGCAAACAGCCCUCAAACAAGUAGUUGCUCGGAGCUGCUCUGUUCCAGCUCCUCUCUCGAGUGGCUGUGCUGACAGCCCUGCAGGAAGCCUUGCCUCUAGGUCUGCCAGGCAUUUUGCUGCUCCGCGAUCACGUUUUGUGCUCUGCUUGUAAGCACAGCUCUGCAGAGCAGUGUUGUGAGGGUGGCUGACACCUUGGGGAACAGGCAGCGUGUGUGGAGCUGAGGGGAUGAGCCCAUCUGCAGCACAGCCCCUGCUCUGCCCCACGGCGUGCAACCCCCUGUGCAAGCCACAGCAAUGCCCAUGGAGCGGAACGACAGGAUGCCGGCCUCUAUGCCUGGGUCUGUGUUUUUAAACCAGACUGUGACGUAUUCCUGAUGCGUUUCUUGCCCCAGGUAUUGUUUCAGUCUCACUUGUUACAGCAGCAAGAAGCAGAGGUUGCAUCGCUUGCUUCUUAAACAUAUGACUUUGAUUAUUCUUGGAUUAUGUUUUACUCUAUCCAGCAGAGCAGAUAAGGCUUGCUUCGUGCUGUAGUACUUAAAUUACUACCUGAAAUGUUGAUGUUGAUGUAUUUGUUUAAGGUUUUAUCUGUAUUAAGGUCUUGCACUGUGUUAGUUCUUCUCUUCUAACAGCUCCUCAAGCGAGAAUGUAAUUCUGGUAGCCAGUGCUAAAUCGUUCAGGGAUCUUUUAAUAGACAGACCCUGUGUUUCUGUGCGUUUCACCAUGGGAUGUUUGUGAGAGCUUAUUUUUAUCAAAUGAUAUUUUCUUUUCGUGCCAUCAUUCACUGCAGAAGUUUAAACUCGAAGCUGGUGCAUGGUUUUUUGAGGUAGUUUUGCUCCUGUAUUACAUGUUUGGACUGGAGGAAUUUUGAAGCCAUGUCCAAAUCAGUGUUUUAGCUGCACCGCCAGUACAAUGUGUUUGUGUUUGGGGUGUGAGAAUGGUCAUUUGGAGCUCCUGUCUGGACAAAAAAGGAAGUCCUGGUGCUUCAGCAGCUGAUGUUAAAAGCAGUCAAACCUCUGCAAGUCAUCUCUUUUUCUGUGUAUUCCCCAUAAUUCUGUGUAGAAGUUGCUCUCAGCUUCAGCACUAUCUGCUCUGCAUAUGCUGCCAAACUGGCUUUCAUACCUGCCCCGCAAAUGAGCAUGGAGUGUGUGGAAGAGGCUGUACUGAUAGUGUCCUCGUCUUGGAGCAGAGGAAAUGCUGCUCUGCGCUGGUAGACUGCCAACACGUGGCGUUCUGGCUCAGGAGGGCUUGAUUAGGGCGUUCUCAAGCAAGAUGUUUUCACUUCUAAGUGUGUGAGCUGCAGUUUGUGUUGAAUAUGAGGCACGUGCGGGACAAAUGUGUGAAAGAUGCCUGUGCAGGAUCGGGAACGUGCAGUCCCUAACCCGUGGCUGUGUCAGUUCUGUAACAAAGCAGUUUGGAAAGUGGCUGUUUGCUGCCACUCGGCAUCUCUGCUUUUUGGUGUCAUGGAUUUCCAGCAGGAUAGGAACUUGCUUGAGGGUUGUGGGGGUGGGUCCAGGAAACAGGAGGUGUUCUCUGUGAGUGUAAGACCAAGCCUCACUGCCGUUGAAGUCACGGCUCCAUCAGCGACGUGCAGUAAAUCUUUAUAAAGCUGCAUUUAGCUUACUGCAGGCCCUGCUUAAAGUGAGCUGGAGAAAAGCAAUGUGAGGCUUCUCUACCAGCAGGCUUAUUUCUUAGCCCUUUCAUGUGUAGGAACUCCUGUCUGUGUGUAUCACAUUGUCUGGGUGUGAAGAUGUGGACAGCUCUCCAGAGAGAUCUUCCACGUCCUAGAUAUCAGUGCUGCCUCGGCUUUGUGUGUUGAUCCUUGCAGCAGUGAGGCUGUCCUCAAGUAGCCAUUCAUAUGUGGUCACCUCCUUGCUUACAAUUCAGGUUUGGCUUCAGAAGCCCUUGUGCCUGUGGAGGAGGUGGGUUCUGCCAUCUUCUGAAGGUUGCUGCUGCCCAGGGACCUGCCCCUGGGUGAUGGCACAUGGGGUCUGGAGGUCUCGUGUCUGAGCGGGAUGAGCAGCACCGCUGGUCCAGGUUGGCUUUGCCAGCCACGCACAGCCGUGGUGUGGUGAGUCCGCCUGCGAGGUGAGCUGUCCCACCUAGAGGUGGUGAAGUGUGGCAUCCUAGAGCUGAUGACCUGGAAGCAAAAGUCCACAGGGCAGUCCCACAUGGGUGAGGAAUGAGGAACGCCUUCCGAGGGACAGGUCCUGCACCAUCCCUGUCUCAAACAGCCCUGCGGGCUCCAAGGGGAAGCAGGCUUGAAGCCUUCUGAAGGGUUUAUGAUGUUCCUAGUCAGCUCUGGGUUGAACUCACCUGCAUCAGCCGUGCAUAACUCACACCACACCUCUGGUCUGACACUUGCUCCUGCUCCUGGAAUCAGCCCUCUGUGUGCAGGAAAGCAGCGCCUUCAUUCCAGUGGUUGAUUCCUCCUGGAGUAACUGAAAUUAUUUUUACCCUUUUUGGGCUGCGUCUUUUGGGUAGUGUUUAGUAGUAUAUGAAUUAUAAGCACAUUUUCAAUGACGUGUGUUAAAAAGGCACCUUUUAUUUGUAUUAAUCACAUUUGAUAGACAAUUGGGUGCCUGCAGGUCUCUGUAACUCGUGUCUCACUUUGGGUGUAUAAAUUGUUAACCCUUUUGAACUUAUCAAAUACGGCUAAAUAAAAAAAAAAGACGCUUAGGAUAGAUAAUUAGCAGCUUAAUUACAGUACACUUAUUCCACUGUAAGUGCCCUCAUCUGUCUUAGCUGCAGGGUUGUUUGCUUCCCAAAGCUGAAACUUGAGCAUGACCAACCAUUUCCUCAGUACUAAGGGCAGUUUUGCAUGGCAGUUCUCUCGCUGUACCCAAUGCAUGCACUUACAAACUAUGCAAGCGCCGUGGACGAGCCACAGCCUGUGCUUUUGGUGCUGGCGCUGCCAGGCAGAGUCUGGAGUGCGGCGCUGGGCCCGUCCUGCUUUGCGGUGCCGCCGCCUGCCAGCACAUGGGAGCAUGUCCCUGCGUUCCUGCUUUGUUUGCACAUCUUUGAUUCUUUCCUUUGCAGGAUUCUGCAUUACUGACAAGGCUGGAGCGUAGCGUAACGUCCAAGGGAUCGGAAAUGGAGAAAUGAGAACAAACUGGUUUUCUGUGUUGUGUUGUUUUUCUUUUUCUGCCAGGGCAGUCCCGGUCAGCGUUCUGUCUGUAGCCUGCCAUUCCCAUGCCGUUUAGUGACAUGUCCUACGUUUUGGGAUGAGGCGGUCACCAGUAGCCGUGCAAGUGCCCAAACAAAAGUGCUUGUGUUGAAUUCCUGUGCAGAGGGAGCCGUUCCUGGUGUCAGCAUGUUGCCUGUACUGGUUCCGUGGCUUCUGCCUGCCGGGCUGGGCAGAGCUGUGGGGUGGCUGUGCCUCCCCUUUAUGCUUCGCCAGCGUGGCUGACCUGAGCUCUCGCUGGGCUGCAGAUCCUGCUGGAGUGGGUGGGCUUGCGGGGCUAUAGCAUGGGGCGCGGUUCCUGGCACAGGGCAGGUUGGUGAGGGCUGGUGAGCAGUGUGUUUGGGUGGUGAGAACUGUAGGUGCUGGGGCUCCUCGUGGCUGUGCCCCGUGGGACCCACCUCGCGGCACUCUGGGACUCAUCACCGCUCGGUCUGGUGUCGGGCAGGUGCUUGGACCCGCUCCCCUCAGUCAGCCGGCACAGUGAGGGUUUGGAAACACACUCCAAGGAAUUUUACUGUUCUCUUUUCUUUUGUGUCUGUCAUUUGCCUACCAAUCCAAAAUAAUUUGGCGGUAUCUGAUGUUAUCGGUGGAGGGAACUGAAAUUUAGUUUUAAUCUGUGGUGAGAUGAACGUCCAACUGGUUUUCUUAAUACAAGCACCGUAAAGCACUUCCUGUUAGGAGCUUUAUUUUAUAAAACAGAAGUACCUGAAGACUUGUACAAUACCUAUGUUAGGUCUAAAGGUUUAGGGAGUCUUCUAGUUUUUAAAGGCGAUAGCGCUCAAUUUAUCUGCCAGUAGUGUUUUUUAAAAGACACAGAUUAAAACUAACUGUAAACCCAAAUUCACUCCAGGCCCAGCAGCACAAACGCGUUGCAAGAAAGUUCGUGCUAGAUUUGUAUGGCAUUUGUGCAAUAAGAAACCACUUUUAGGUGCUACAUUGCCUUGGGUAGUGUGACACAAGGGAGUCCGGGCUGCGAGCGGCCAGACUGUGUUCUUGUGGCCUUCCAAGUAUGAAUUUAUACAGGUUUGCUCACCAACUGUGCCUCACCAUUGGUUAAAAUUGAAUUUUAAGUCCUGUUGCAAACGCAGUUUCUCUUCUGGAUGCAACGUCAGGUUUUACACUGGAAUAUCUACAGUUCUGCAUGUCGCAUCACUGUACACGGACCCGGGACGUGGGGCCUGCCCACCCCUUUGAUAUUCUUCUGUAUUUUAAUGUUUUUGAGCUGUACAGUAUUGGAGAGCAGGCUGUCUUUACUUGGGAUUGAACAUUGUACCAUAAAUUUUAAAUUAUUUGAGGACAAGUGCAUGAGACUGUGUCGAUGCCUUUUAUUAUUUAUUUGUAUGUUUUAUUAUUCGAGGUGUAUGCACUUUUAAUAUGCAGAAUUUAUAUUUUUAUGUUAAAAAUCAUUUUCUUUCAGAAAGAAGAGUUUGAAUAUGAGGAAUUGGAAUUAAGUGCAAAAAGGGGAAUAUGUAAUAAAAUACAAUAAA